AUAUCUCGCUCAUUCCGACUGGAAUCGUCAUCGUUAGAGGCAGUGUAUUUUAAAAAAAACAUUAGUUCAACAAACCCGCGCGUUGCUUUUUAACGGGGCCCGGUGUUCGUUAAAUACCUCGUGAAUUCUUGUGAGCGACUCAGUUCACAAAAUUUCAUCGAAUAUUAUAAAUCAAAAGCAAACGAUGAAACCGACGAUAUUUCUCGUGUUUCUCAUCGCCGGGAUUUUUGCCGAAAUCAAGAAUGAAGAUGAUGUUUUAGUCAUCACAAACGCAAAUUUUAAGGAUGCCAUCACUGAACAUCCUUACAUUCUCAUUGAAUUCUAUGCUCCAUGGUGCGGACAUUGCAAAGCAUUGGCACCCGAAUAUGCCAAAGCUGCAAAGAAAUUGUUAGAAAUGGAAUCGGAAAUCAAACUCGGUAAAGUUGAUGCAACAGUUGAAUCAGAAUUAGCCGAGAAAUAUGACGUGCGAGGCUAUCCUACACUUGUAUUCUCCCGUCAUGGUGAAUGGAUUGAAUACAGCGGUGGUAGACAAGCUGACGAUAUUGUCAACUGGGUUUUGAAGAAGACUGGACCAUCUGCUAAAGAUUUGAAAACUGUUGAUGAAGCUAAGGCUCUAAUUGACGAACAUAAUGUCGUCGUCAUUGGAUUCUUCAAAGAUCAAGAAUGUGAUGAAGCUAAAGUAUUCUUGAAAGUUGCUGAUGGUGUUCACGACAGUGUGUUCGGAAUUUCUUCCGCUGAAGAAUUAUUCAAGGAACAUGGUGUUGAAGACAAAAAAGUUGUUCUCUUCAAGAAAUUCGACGAAGGCAAGAGCGUAUUUGACGAUGAGUUCGAUCACAAAGUAUUGACAAAUUUCGUCAAGGUUGAAUCUCUACCACUUAUCAUUGACUUCAAUCACGAAACUGCACAGAAAGUAUUCUCCGGUGAGGUCAAGAGCCACCUUUUGGUCUUCCUCAGCAGCAAAGCUGGACAUUUCGAUGAAUAUGUGAAAAAUCUCGAGGCAGCCGCCAAGAAACAUCGCAAAGACAUUUUAUUCGUUACAAUCAAUGCCGACGAAACUGACCACGAACGUAUUCUCGAAUUCUUCGGAAUGAAAAAAGAAGAAGUGCCAGCGAUGCGUAUCAUUAAAUUGGAAGAAGAUAUGUCCAAAUACAAACCAGACAAUCCAGAAAUCACUUCUGAAAAUGUUAUGAACUUUGUUGAAUCGUUUGUUGCCGGAAAGGUGAAGAGACAUUUACUCACACAAGACUUGCCUGAGGAUUGGGACAAGGAGCAUGUUAAGGUUCUCGUUGGAACUAAUUUCCAUGAAGUCGCUUAUAACAAAGAAAAGGACGUUCUUGUCGAAUUCUAUGCUCCAUGGUGCGGACACUGCAAACAACUUGUGCCCAUCUACGAUUCUCUCGGUGAGAAGUUCAAGGACAGAGAAGACAUUGUCAUUGCCAAGAUGGACGCCACCGCCAACGAAUUGGAAGAUGUUAAAAUUUCCAGCUUCCCAACUAUCUACCUUUACAAGAAGGAGACAAACGAGGCUAUUGAAUUCAAGGACGAGAGAACACUUAAAGGACUUUCCGAAUUCCUUGAAAGAGGAGGAGAAAGAGACGCAUCCAGCGAAGAGACUCAAGAGACAGACGAGGACGACGAUGCACCUCGAAAAGAUGAGUUGUAAAAAGUUACACCAAGAGAAUAUUUAUCAUUCAUCUUUAUGCUUCAUAACGACGGGAUGUCAAAUUCCAUUUAUUUUUAAUGGAAGCAACACCCGAAAUUCACCAAUCGUUUCUGUUGUCUAUGUUCAUCAAA